AUGUGGGCCAGCACCAGUAAUAAGGGCAUGGACAUUCUGGAGCAUGCUUGCUGGACGACUGGGCUGGUUUCCACCAAGUCAACAUCGCAGCUCGGAAGUGAUCCAAUCCACCACACUCACUGCAAGGGGGUGUGGACCACCCAGUACAAGUACCAGACAAUAACUGAAGUGUCUGAUAUGGAUAUGAUGAGUGCAAAGUACUCCGUACUUGUCAAGAUGUGCCGGGUCGCUCGUGGCGAAUCAAGGCCAAUACACGUCGUGUCAACGUUGAACAUGGUUGGUGACCAAAAGAAAAGAUCAGUUCAGGCAUCCAUCCUAAAAAGAGUCCAGUGCUUCCUGUACGAGCCAGCAGUUAAUGUACUGCCGCUCAAAGAGACUGACUGUUGUUUCCUCAUCCUCACUCACACCUUGUCCGCUCCAACUUAUCACUCUGCCCCAGGCACAAGUAGCAGCUUGAAGUGUCUGGUGCAAGAUCCCAGAUCCCGGCCCGUCUCUGCGUUGCGCUGCACCUGUGUCUGUGUGCGUCCAUGUCUGGCUGUGGCCCCCUCGGUGUUUGUCAUGGCCACGACUCACGGUUGGAGCCUUUCAGUCACUUGCCAGACUUUUCUCGACGUUUUCGGUCCUGAGCGCGAUGAACGGUGCAUAUCUUGGCCAAGGCACAAGGUACAAAACCGCUGUUGGCAGCAGAGCCUGGACGCUCCUCAGGUCAUUGCUGGCAAGUAA